GCCCAGCCCGCGGCUCUUGGCCGGCUUGGAGAAUCGCUAAGCGGCCGCGGCUGGGCGAAUCUCGCCCGGCAGCUGCUGUGGGUCCGGGAGCUGGCGGGCACCCAGGGCCCGGCGCGCGAGGGAAGCCGAGGCUGUGGGGUUGGCGCCGCGCGCCGUCUCCCGUCGCGCACCUGGGGCUGGCAUCGUUCCCCGGAUUGAAAAAAAGAUUUGAGACAAAUCUGUAUUCAUGAAGAGUGACUGCAUACGAAGCACAAUAUGUCAAGAAAGAAAAAAAGAUCCAAUAGAAAUGUUUCAUUCUGGGCAGCUGGUGAAAAUCUGUGCCCCAAUGGUUCGAUAUUCAAAGUUGGCUUUUAGAACACUAGUAAGAAAAUACAGUUGCGAUCUGUGCUAUACACCAAUGAUAGUUGCCGCUGAUUUCAUCAGAUCUGUAAAAGCCAGAGACAGCGAAUUUACUACAAACCAAGGUGAUUGCCCAUUGAUUGUUCAGUUUGCUGCUAAUGAUGCAAGACUUUUAUCUGAUGCUGCUCGUAUAGUCUGUCCUUAUGCAAAUGGAAUAGACAUUAACUGUGGUUGCCCUCAGAGGUGGGCAAUGGCAGAAGGCUAUGGAGCUUGCUUAAUAAACCAGCCAGAGCUUGUUCGAGAUAUGGUGAAACAAGUAAGGAAUCAAGUGGAGAAUCCCAGAUUUUCAGUAUCUAUUAAAAUAAGGAUCCAUGAUGACCUUACAAGAACUGUAGAUCUUUGUCGAAAGGCUGAAGCAACAGGAGUUUCUUGGAUUACAGUCCAUGGAAGAACUGUUGAAGAGAGACAUCAGCCAGUUCACUAUGAGGCCAUUAAAAUAAUUAAGGAAAAUAUGUCUAUACCUGUAAUUGCUAAUGGAGAUAUUCGAAGCUUAAAAGAAGCAGAAAAUGUGUGGCAUAUUACUGGGACAGAUGGUGUGAUGGUUGCAAGAGGACUCUUAGCAAACCCGGCCAUGUUUGCUGGAUAUGAGGAAACCCCACUGAAAUGCAUCUGGGACUGGGUUGACAUUGCUCUUGAACUUGGAACUCCUUAUAUGUGUUUCCAUCAACAUUUAAUGUACAUGAUGGAAAAGAUAACCUCAAGGCAGGAAAAAAGAGUAUUUAAUGCUUUGUCAAGCACAUCAGCAGUCUUAGAUUACCUUACAGACCAUUAUGGGAUUUGAUCGGACUUCCUAAAUUAAAACAAUUUAUAUAUAUUAAAAUAAUAUAUGCUAAGUCAGUCUUAGACCCCAUCCUCAGAGAUUCUGAUUCAAUGGAUCUUUAGGGUGGAACCAAAACUUAGUUUUAAAGAAGACCCUAGGUUCAGACAUCCUGGUCACCCUUUCAACCAUUGACAAAUAAUUGCUCUGAAUCCUAUCAUGGAUUUAAAACAAGCUCAGAAUUUUUUUCCUACAGGAAUUGUGUUUUUAAUAUUUUUAAAUAAAUAAAACUUUUAAUACUAAUA